AUUAGCUCUUCGUCGUUAUUCAAAAUAUAUAUCAUUAUUAGCAGGAAUAUCAGUAGAGAUCAAUCAAACGUUUUUAUCAUCUGUAAAUAAACUUAUUAUUGAUUGUCCAUUAAUAACAUCACCAAAUAAUACAUAUCCAAAACUUGGUGAAGAUGAAUCUUAUACACUUAAUAUUACAAAAACAGGUUCAUAUUUAUAUUCAUUAUCAUUAACUGGUAUUAUUCGAGGUUUAUCAACAUUUGUUCAAUUAAUUGAACGAAAUGCAUCAUCAGAUACAUUCUAUAUUCCACUAGUAAAUAUAAUUGAUCGACCUCGUUUUAUAUGGCGAGGUUUAUUACUUGAUGUAUCUCGUCAUUGGAUGCCUGUAUCAGUUAUUCAACGAACAUUAAAUGCAAUGGAAUUAAGUAAAUUUAAUGUUCUUCAUUUACAUUUAUCUGAUGAUCAAGGUUUUCGUGUUGAAAGUAUUGAAUAUAAUUUAUUACAUGAUAGAAAAGAUUUUUUUACACAAAAAGAUAUUAAAUAUCUUGUUGAAUAUGCUCGACAACGACGUAUACGUAUUAUUCCUGAAUUUGAUAUACCUGGUCAUACAACAAGUUGGUUUGUUGGUUAUCCAGAAUUAGCUAGUCAACCAGGUCCAUAUCAAAUUGCAACUCAAUGGGGUGUAAUGAAAGCUACAAUGGAUCCUGCUAAAGAAAAUACAUAUAUAUUUCUUGAUAAAUUUUUUAAAGAAAUGACAAAAUUAUUUCCUGAUCCAUAUUUUCAUAUUGGUGGUGAUGAAGUUGAAGGUUCACAAUGGACGCAAUCAUCAACAAUUCAACAAUUUAUUAAUGAAAGUAAACUUGAAAAUAAAUAUGGUUUACAAGCUUAUUUUAAUAAACGUAUACAAAAACUACUUAAAAAAUAUGGAAAAAUAAUGGUUGGAUGGGAAGAAAUUCUUGAUGAAAUUGAUGUAAAUUCAUCAGUAGAUAAAGAUGCUAUUAUUCAAUUAUGGAUAAAUCGACAAUCAACUGUAAAUGUUGUAAAAAAAGGUUAUCGAGUCAUAGUUUCUAAUGGUUAUUAUCUCGAUUAUCUUUUAUCAUCAAUAAAUCAUUAUAAAGUUGAUCCAAUUCUUAGUAAUCAUUUAGAUUUACUUCAUGAAGAACAGCGAAAUCAUGUUGUAGGUGCCGAAGCAUGUUUGUGGAGUGAAUAUGUCACACCAAAUUCAGUUGAUUCUCGUAUUUGGCCUCGUGCUCUUGCUAUAGCUGAACGUUUAUGGUCUCCAUCUUCAAUUAAAGAUGAAAAUUUUCUUUAUGAACGUCUCUUUCGAAUGAAUCAUUUAUUUGAUAAAAUGCAAACAGGUGUUACACAUAUUUCAUCAUAUAAAUCUCAAUUACGAAAUUUAAUUCUUGAUCCAAAGAAAAAAACCGAUCUUCUAGAUCCACUAGUUAUAUUAGCUAAUGUAUGUGAACCAUGUGGCCAACUAGAACGUUCUCAAAUGUAUAAAUAUUCAACAAAUACUCCAUUAACAACAUUUGCUGAUGUUUUACAAUCAGAAAGUGAACUUAUAUGGAAAUUAGAAAAACUUCCUAUUACUGAUGAAUCGUCAUAUCAAAUAUGGGGACAAGAUAUUGAACAAUUAUCAAUAAAUCUUGCUAAUACAGGUCAAAUUGGUUUGAGAAUUUUAGAUUAUAAUUCAAAAAAAAUAUUAAAUAGUGAUAAAAGUAAUACUAUGAAUUCAUGGACAUUAUCACAUUGGAUUUUAUAUCACAAAACAUUAUUAGAACAAUUAGAAAAUCAAGUUAAAGAAGUACGAUUAGCUGCUGUGAGACCAGUUCUACGUUUACUUAAUUCAAUUCAAAUCAUUCCAUGA